UGGGAAGACGAAAAAACGUGAAGUGUCAUAAGUUUCUUACGGAUUGCUAUGCUGCAUCCGUUUAAACGUCUGCAAAAAGGGGGAUUUACUAGAAACUUUUGCUCCACUUAGGCAGUCCUGGAGUUUCCACAUAGCCUACACAGAAGUAACGUUAAUUAAGAGAUUUCCAUGGAUCUGACACUUUGGGACAUCUAGCGAUUUAGUAGAAGUAACUUAUUAUAUUGCCAUUCUUCAAUAAGCGAUGGAGAUGCAGGGUGACCCUGUUUAUGACUACCCUGAAAUUAAGGCUGUGGGAGACAGGCGGGCGUGUCUACAGAGAGGAUCAUUGAAGAGCAUCAGUGUAUUGGACCGACUCUUGCUCACUCACCCCGUGUGGCUUCAGCUGUCCAUAAACUCAGCAACAGCUUUACACAUCCUGCAACGUGAGCCCCCCGGGACCUUCCUGGUGAGAAAGUCCAGUACAUCGCAGAGAAAAAUGCUGUGCGUUCGACUGGCAGAUGACAGCAUGCCAUCUUUUUUUAAACAGUUUCUUAUCCAAGAAGAGGACUCUGCCUUUUCUUUAGAAAGCUCAGCUAUCAAUUUCCCAGACCUGUGCAGACUCAUUGCCUUCUACUGCGUGAGCCGGGAUGUCCUUCCAUUCACCCUGGAACUGCCUGAAGCCAUAGCCAGGGCUUCCUCACAAAAACAACUAGAGUCAAUCUCUCACAUGGGUGUGGAGUUCUGGAGUUCACACUUAAAUGUUCGUGGUCCUCGUAAUGGACCUCCCGUCGCUGACAAACCACUGCCCCCACUUCCGAACCCACAAGACUGCUCCACACCCAGUAACGCAAACCCCACCCCAUUCCAGGAGCUGUGUCCUAUUAAAACAAGGGGUCCCCAUGAAUUGAAUUAUGGUGGAGGGAAGGGUUUGUGUUUCAUCAAUCCUCUUUUUCUUGAAGACUACCCCGGUCGCAGCGCCAUCAGCCGGCGUCAUCACUUCAAAUCCAGCCUGAAGGUUCGUGUUUCGACUGAGCAUUCUAGCCCCCUAUCACCACCUGUUAUCCCGCCCCCUCCACCACCAUUACUGGCUAAAGCCAAAUGCAAAGCAAGAUUAAAAGCUGCAAAGCAGAUGACCCCACCUGUUGCAGUUCAAGUGAGCGAGAAGACAGAAACUGCAGACUACCUGCAACCUUGUGUCGCAUUACGGAAAACGGCCUCCCCUGUAGUCAUACCUACUCUUUCACCUACUGCUGAGGAAGACUACCAAUGUCCUAAAGCAUUUCAGAAGGCCCACCCAGAAACCCUGGAGCCGAAAAGACAGGAGGAAGAAGAUGAUGAGGAGGAAGGGCUGGUGCUGGAACAGCGACACGCACCAUCCCUUAGUGAGCUGGACAGUAGCAGUUCCCUCAGUAGCCUCGACGAACCAGAGGAAAGUCCAGAGCGUCCUUCUCUCACACGAGGCACGAGCAAUCCCAUCAUCCCCUGUCGAUCAGCUCCCCGCAGGUCAAUUUUUGCCCUGCGCAAAAUGAGCGCCGCCUUCAUGUCUUUUUUCGUGCCGGAGAAGCGUUUGACACGGAUGGUUGAGGACCUGUCUCGUGACCGCCGCAUGGCGUUCGGCGCCCUCGUUCAGGAUUUUCUGAGGCAGCAGAGAGAGACGUUAAAGCGCCAGCGCUUGACCUUUGCCGUGCAGCUACUUCAAGAUCUGCGCCUCUUCAUCAAUCAGGCCAAGGCGUUCCUGCAGGAGUGCGGAGAGCUUGAACCGCCCAUAGAGACUCUCCUGCCUGAAAAUGAGAAAGACCAAGCCCUGGAGAAAGCCAUGUUUCGCUGUGUGCUGAAGCCCCUGAAGCCUCAGAUCGAUGCAGCACUGAAGACCCUACACAAACAAGACGGUUCCUUCCAAAGAAUGGAAGACAGUUUGCAAAGAGCUAAAGGAGAAUCGCCACAAAAGCUCUUUGGGGUGCGGGUGAGCGUACCCGACGCCCAGGGCAUUGAGAAAAUUAAGCACAAGCUAACCCUAAUGCAGCGGGCUUACUCACCCAUCGACAAAGUGCUGCUGCUUUUGCAGAUCUGCAAGCUUAUUUACAAAGCCAUGAAGAACAAAUCAGGUCAAGAGUUUGGAGCAGAUGACUUCCUGCCUGCUCUUUCCUACGUGAUGGUGUUAUGCAACAUGCCGGAGAUUUCUCUGGAAGUUGAGUACAUGAUGGAGCUUCUGGAAGGCUCUUGGCUUACAGGAGAAGGGGGUUACUAUCUGACAAGUCUCUAUGCUAGUUUGAGCCUGAUUCAGAGUCAACCAGAGGCUGUGCCACCAUGUGGCCUUACGAUCCAGGCCAGAGAGUCUCUUAAGGAAUGGAGUCGGCGUAGGAGCAACGAAACAAAUCACAAGGAAAACAAACUGCACCAGAAAUUUGUAAAGGUGCUGUUUCAAGAUGGGGAGAGUAGUAUGGUAAAAACUCUGAUGUGGAGAACUGGGGUCAGUGGUGAGGGCAUGGCUCAGCUCUGUGCUGUGAAGUUUGGGGUGGACCGGCCCGAGGAUUACAGCCUAUACUGGAGAAAAGACGGACAGUUGAUACCUCUACCACUUAAUGCACGGUUUCAAGACGUGCAGAGCAUGAGUGCAAGCGGGGUUCCCCUUAUCUAUCAGGCAUCCAAUCAGGAUGAAAGAUCUCAGAAACUGACCAGAGGAGGCGCAGUGGAUCUCACAGAAAAUACUUCCUAAUGUCUGACUUUUGUGAGAUGUCAUAUGUGUGCCACGGAGUCUUUUUUUUUGUCUAAAAAGCAUGAGCAGUUUACAAUGAAUCACUUUUGCUUUCAAGGGAUAGUGCGCCCAAAAAUGAAAAUUUGAAAUGGUUUACUCACCCUCAAGCCAUCCGAGAUACAUAGGUCCAUCAUCUUUCAGACGAGCACAUUUGGAGGUAUUUAAGGAACUGCUCUUCCAAGUUUUAUAAUGGUAGAAAACGGGAAUCAGGGAAUAACUUCUGACUUUAAACCCCCAAAAAGUGCAUCAUCCAUCCUUCACAGAGGUAAUCCACACGGCGACAAGGUGUUAAUAAAGAUCUUCUGCAGGUAAUCAAUGAGAUUUUUAUAAAGUUCGAAAUAUGUAUAUUUUUCUUACAAAAUUGCAUCGAUUACCCACAGAAGACCUUUAUUAACCCCUCGUAGCCUUGUGGAUUACUUCUGAGAAGGAUGGAUGCACUUUAUUGAUCUUUAAAGUUGGGAGUUAUUCCCUUUUUCUACCAUUAUAAAGCUUGGAAGAGCAUUUACUAAAAUAACUCCAGAUAUGUUCGACAUAUGCAUUAGAGUUCUCAACUAGUUGGGUCGGCCCAAAAAACCUGAUAGGACCCGUGGGUUCGGGUCAAAAAUAUAAGUAAAUGACUCGGAUUGGAUCUCGGGCUUAAUCUUUUCAGCUCAGUGGAAAUCUUUUUUUAUUAAUUAUUGCAGCUGUUCACCGUAAAGAAAGUCUGGCUGCUGCGUGCCACGGGAAUCAUGGAGAGGGGCCGCUGCGUGCACCCUUUAGCCUGGAGAAGAAGAUGGAGUUGGUGAAAAGUAAACGUGCCACAGGUGAAUUCACCAUCGCUACUACAGGAGUGGGAAAAUCAGAGGUCUGGAAAGUGUUUAUAUAUUUAAAGUUUUUUCCUGUCAUGAUAAUACGUGUAUGAGGAGAAAAAAGGGAGGGGGGGUGGCGGUGUCGGGCUGCGGGACAGGUUUAGGUCAGGUUGUAAUUUUCAGGCCUGUUGAAAACUCUAAUACGGGGGUGAGAAAGAGAGAACAUAUUACUCCUGUACUUCAAUCUCUACACUGGCUUCUGGUCAAAUUUAGGAUUGAUUUUAAAAUUCUCUUGUUUGUUUACAAGGCAUUGUCAGGCCUUGCCCCCCAGUAUAUUAGUGAUCUUAUAGUUCCCCCUCUCCUUUUAGAGUUCUUAGGUCUUCCGAUCAAUGGCUUUUAAAGGUACCUCGUUGUAAUUUUAAGUCAAAAGGAGAUUUAGCUUUUUCCGUGGUAGGUCCAAAACUCUGGAAGAGUCUCCCAUUCCAUGUGAGGUCAGCUCCAUCGGUUACAACUUUUAAGUCUUAUUUAAAAACUCAUUUAUUUUCUUUAGCUUUUGAAUAAAUUAUGUUUGUUGUGUUGUAUGAUUUUAAUAUUAUUUUGUAAAGCACUUUGGGACUCUGUUGUUUAAAAAAUUUGCUAUAUAAAUAAAGUUGCUUGCUGGCUAAUAUGCAUAUUGGAUGGCCUGAGGGGGGUGUAAAUCAUGGGGUAAUUUUGAUAUUUGGCAGAAGUAAACGCUUAUACUAAUACAAUUAUAAACUAUUUUAGCAUUUGUAAUGAAACUGAAUUUUAUAAAGAUUUUAACUGUAUUUUUACUGAAUAUAUUUAAUGUUGACUGUAUGAAAGAUCACAUGUGCUGCAUGUCUAUUUUUUGUGUCCAUUAUUGGGAAUUAUGAGCUUAAAUUAUAUGACUUUUUAUUGUUACAUUAUUAUAUUAUUUAUUUUAAGUCCGUAUUAUACAUUAUUAAGUUUUAAUACAAUUUGAAUAAAAGCAGGAACAUUGA